AUGGAAACGUCACUUCUCACGUUUGACGGAUUUCCCCGUUCGGACAUCGACGUUGCUCAGAUUAGAUUUAUCAGAGCUCGAAUUGUCAGACUACGGAAUGAUUACAGACAGGUUAUGGACAGAAUUGAGGCAGAACUGCGCGAUAGAUAUGCAUCUGUGGGUGCAGAUGAUGAAUCCAUGGCAAAUAACUCUGUGGUUUUUGCCCGUGUGACGCUGAUAGAGCCCGAUUCCCCCGCAUCUCUUGCAGUAAGUGAAAUUUUGACCUCGAAACAUAAGUGCCAAACUAACACCAACAAGGGCUUUCAAUUGAACGACGGAAUAAUUCAAUUUGGAUCAAUUGAUGCAACCAAUCAUAACGGCUUGCAGAGUCUGCCGGUAUUGGUGGGGAACAAGAAGAAUCAACCAAUUGCGGUCAAAAUCAGUAGAAACGACGAAACUCUCGAUCUGUCUCUAACUCCACAGGAAUGGUCUGGAAGAGGUCUCAUAGGCUUCAAGCUGGAUCUCGUGUAA